AUGACAUCCAAACUCCUCAAACCUCUAGCUGUAUUCAGCCGCCAAUCCCAAUCCCAGCAAUACAUCAAAUCCAUCAAGAACCUAGGCGACGCAUGGCGCACCCUUUCCGAGGAACCAUGCAUCUCAUCCGAGAGAAUGACAGUCAUACAAACCACAUUUGAUUUCAUACUCAAAAUAACAACCGAGCACGAUGACUUAACAGUCGAGACGACGACAAUUGAAACCCCUUCUCCCAAGUCUGGGCCAUCAACCACGCCUCGACACUACCGCAUAUUCCCAGAGUACGGAACCGACUUCCUCUGGCGAGCCGUUGAGGAUAUCAGAGAAGACGAGCAAGGAUACACCGAGUCAGAAGAGGAACUCGUCUCGUUCCCGCCCUGUGUGCGGGAGUUAUAUGAUGUAUGGGUGGAUCAGUGGAGCGAUAACUGGAAGAAGAGAUGUGAAGAUACCCAGGACUAUUAUGCCGAUGUUUUCUCGGAUAGAAUAGAACAGGUGGCGUGGAAUGUUGCUGGGUAUAUGUUGGCUUGGCGUAUUCUUCUUGGUCCCGGUGUGGGAAGUAUUGAGUACACCGCUGGCUCUACGGAUUACCUGCUUGAACGGGGGAAUGAAGUGGCUGUGACGGAGAGGUUCUUGGGAGAUCAGAUUGGGCUUUUGGCUAAGGGGGCCAAGUUGCCAUGA